CCAUUCGGUAACUUACAUUUACAUAUUACAAAAUAGUAUAUUUUGUUUGUCAAUCAAAAUUCAAAAUUAAAAAAAACGAGCAAUUUACUUUCAUUACAAUUAUCUGGUCUUAAAAACUUUUUACUGAUUUUGACCUAGACUAUCGGGUAUCAAACCCAAGGCUGAAAAACACAACUAGUGACUUCAAAAGCAAAAUAACCCUUUUCAUUCCACGAAAUCACUUUAGGAAAAUAAUGAAAGUCAGUGACGAGAAGGAUUCCGAAACUAGCAAGCGGAACUCAAGUAAUGACUAUAAUCCCGACGGAAUAUGCUGUUGCAACUCUGAACAAAGUCCAUACGAUCAGACCUAUGUCUGGUAUCCGAAACAAGUAAGUAUUAAAGAACUCGAAUAUGUGCGGCGGAUGGAGUCGGAGUUUACAUCUCUACAACGCGCUGUUCUUACACUAACCACGCAAUUCGCACGAUUGCAAUUUCGCAUACGACAAACAGUGCAAGCUGAACCCUUUGAACGCGAUGAUUUGCUACUUGAUCUCCAUGAUUUAGCAUUCAAUACCGCUAACGGAGGAAACGAUGAGCUGCCACGUAUACAGCAUGAUUCCAUAAGUAUGGGCGAUGUGCGCCGCAAACAACAUUUCAUACUCGAUCACCUCCAUCAACAACUAACCACAUUGGUCGAUGAACAUAGUUCCAAAUAUGCACCUGAAUUCGGUGCUGAUACACGGGCAGCCCGUAAAAUCCGAGGAGCCAAAAGAAAUUCAGAGCUAGCAUCGGAUACUGCACAAUCCUCCGAGCCAGAUUAUAAUGCAUUAACGAGUGGUGCCGAUUCGGAGUACUCGGCCUCAAACAGAAAUAAAACUGACCAGUGGGGAGAAACUGAAGGUGGAAGUGACAAAAAUCACUUGAGAAGUUCAAGUACCAGCCGCAAGGGGCUUAUAGAACUUUGCCUAUAAUAUAUAUACAAACAAAUAAAUGCUGAGGGAGCUUUUUCGAAAGAGGCUACAGAUGGCUAUUUUAACUUUAGUCAAGAAAAGUAUGAGUAUUGUGGCGUUGAGAUCCGAAACCAUGCAAACAGCAACCAAACAACCGAGUAGAGUGAAUAUUGAUACCGGAUAGUCGGGUUUAGUUGCAAAUAUAUAUCGUUAAAUUCUAUAAUUUUGACUUGUGUAUGUCUUUGAGUUAGACAACGCAACAAAUCAUAAUUAUAUAACUGUAUAUAUUUUAAGUAGUAUGGCGAAGAGAAAAAAUAGAAAAGGCCAUUGAUUUUUUUGUAUUUAAUAAAAAAGAAAUUAAAAUAACUUUUGUGAACUUGACCUGGUUUGAGCUCUACCCGUAUUAUGAAUAUCAUUAACACAGAUGACAAGCACCCAAUUCAUAUAAAACUAGAUACCUCAAAGCUAUAAAAUUUCAGUUCAUAAAGAAUAUUUCACUUGGAUAAUAUUAGCCAUUUUAUGAAGCAAAGAGAUUUACAGGGAUUUGGGAUAGUUUUGUUUUGACGGCGUGUGGAAGCGGGGAUGUCAGCGCAUUUUAGAAAUAUGGAAAAGGAACAAUGUCGGUUGGUAAUUCGAUUAUUGUCGGAAAAAAAAUUACACAGUGAAAUCAAAAAAAUGCUGUUUACAGUGACUCGUCCCUUUCAUUGGCGACCAUCAAAACCUGGUUUAGUUAAAGAUUUUCAACGUAAUCAAGCGUCUAUUUUUGGUUUGGUUUCGUCUAAGUUUAAAAUUCGAUGGUCCCUUUUGGUCCGACUACCGAUUGAAGGUGCAUGAGAUAGUUGACAUAAUAGCCAUCUCAAAAAAACUGCAAGGUUCCAUAUCGUGCAUGAAAUAUUGAAAUGACAAAAGUUCUCGGCGUGAUGAGUGACAAGUUCACUCAUUUCAGACAACAAGUGCAAUACUUGUAAUACCACUUCACAACUUAAUUUGCCGCCGAAUCCGAAGAAGUUUAUGCCUCGUGCCGUUGCCAUCAACGAAGCAUAGAUUCGUUUCUUUAAAUCAGAGAUCCAAGAACACAAACAGUGGACCUCACCGGGUGAACUCACUCCGAAGAAAGUGAAUACUCUCCCAUUAGCCAGUAGGAUACUCAAACAACUAAGUCCAUUGCGAAAUAUUUCAACUGUGUGGAGAAACACGUAUUAUGUACAAAUGUCAAAAUGAGAAAUUUUCGUACUCAGUCAAAAUUCAAAAUUUAAAAAAUUUCAUUUUCUGGAUAAAACGUUUGUUUACUAUACUUAGCCGUUACAUCAUAACCAACUAAUUUCCGUGAUAAGAAAAACAUUAAAGCCACGUUAUUGAACGACAACUUAGAAAAGCUUAACUGCUUCUUUGUUGUUGAAAAACUAGUGCAAAAUAUCGUUGUUUAUUUAAAGUAAUGAAAAACAAAGAUGGCAAAAAUUCGGGUGGUAACAGUCCGACCGAUUCUCAACACGCUGACGUAGAAGGCUGUAACUUCGGACUAAAGCCAUUUGAGCUGCUAUAUCUUUGGUAUCCAAAUCAAGAGAGUGUGAACCACCUCGAAUAUAUCCGUCGGUUGGAAUGCGAGUUUACAUGUCUCCAACGCGCCUUUCUUACUCUUACCACACAAUUUGCACGUUUGCAAUUCCGCAUACGACAAAUAGUUCAAGCUGAACCUAGUGAACGCCAUGCUCUGCUGCUUGAACUCGAACAUCUGGCAUUUAAUCCCGACGAGGAAAAGGACGAGAUGCCGUCAAUCAAACGGGAUUCCAUAAAUAUGGGUGAAGUGCGACACAAACAGCAUUACAUUCUCGAGCAAUUGCGUCGGCAGCUUUGCACUCUGGCGGAAGCCCAAAAUUGGAAACCCGAACCGGAAUUGCAUGCAGAACCACCUGCACCAGGUUCUGUGGACGAAGUAGUAUGCUGCUGUAUUAGAAAAAAACGAAAACCACCACCACCGCCGCAACAACCACAACAACCGCAAACUCCCGAUAUGAAUUAUAAUGCAUAUGUAAGUAAUGAGGAAUCCAGAUAUUCGAGCUCGAGCAAAAACCAACCUGAAAUGGAAAUGGGAAUGAGAACUGAUCGAGACAUUGAGUCAUCGCAAAAUUCAAGUGCAAAACAGGAAGUGUCAAUCUCUAAAGAGGAAGCGUUAGCCUUUGCAUGCAAUACUGAUCCUUCCUAUUCCAUAAGAGCCUCAACUACCCGUGUCAGUAUUUGCCCGGAGAACGUUGGAAAUGCUAAGGAGGCCCGACCAUGCACCUGUAGAAAAAUGAGCCAAAGACCGGAUCGCUAAACUAUUUAAUACAUAUACAGAUUCUAAGAACAUACGGCUCAUAAAAUAUGAGUUUCAUACAAAUAAUUUCAAUUUACAACGUUUAUUUUACACAUGGCUUUUGUCUUUUCGUCUAUGCUAUGCACUUUUGAUUUACAUAACAAGGUAUAUUUUGUAAUCUUUUAUUUCAGAGCAUUUAUAAUACAUAUUUUACAAAUAGUCGGCGGUCAUAAUAAAAGUAUAAUUAACAGA